AUGCAGGCGAUCCUUGAGACUGUCAGUAAUCUGCUUCCGUAUCAUCUCCUUUCAUAUGGAGCUCUUCUGGGGACAGAACUCUUUCAGAGCUUUGUCAACACUAAAAUCUGCUACCAAGCCCUUCCUAUGAAAGAGUUUCUCGCUCUCCAGAAACGCGUCUUCCCAGCGUACUUUCGCUGUCAAGUGGGAUUGGUCGUUUUGACUGCGGUCACUCGGCCGCCUUACAGCAUACUCUCGUUCUCGCAACAUAUAUGGGACUCUGUUCCUUUAAUCGCGGUGGGUGUCACCGGGGCCCUGAAUUGUGCCAUGAAUGAAGAUAACUCUAGCACGACGGAUCCAGCGAAGAUCCAACAGGCCAACAAAACAUUUUCCCGCAAUCACGCUAUGUCGAUCCAUCUGAAUGCGAUUGCUCUUGUUGCAACCGUUUGGUAUGGGUUUACAUUGUCGUCGAGCCUUCUGAAUGGGUUGUAA